AUGGCCAAUGUUCCGGUUAACUGCCGGAAGGCCGCUCGCAAGGGCAUAGAAUUUUUUACUGAACUUAAGACUUGCACGGCAUGCGGUGAACCGAUUGCCGAUAAAUACCUCUUCGAUGUUGAUGGAUGCUCCUGGCACGGUUCCUGUCUGCGGUGUUCGGUCUGUCUAACUUUACUGGAACGACAGCCGUCGUGUUACUUUAGGGAUCGACAGGUCUACUGCCGGGCGGAUUAUGCAAAAACUUUUGGCGCGAAAUGCUCUAAAUGCAGCCGCUCGAUUGCACCCUCCGACUGGGUCCGAAAGGCCCGGGACCUGGUGUUUCAUCUGGCCUGCUUUUCCUGUGACACCUGCGGCCGGCAGUUAUCCACCGGUGAGCAGUUUGCGCUGAUCGACGAUAAGGUUAUGUGCAAGAUUCACUACAUGGACACCGCGGACGAGGGCUCCAACUCGAGCGAUGAUGGUUGCAGUACCGACGGUUUCAACAAAAACAAAUCGAAACGUGUGCGGACAACGUUCACAGAGGAGCAGCUUCACAUCCUGCAGGCGAACUUUCAAGUCGAUAGCAAUCCGGACGGGCAGGACUUGGAACGGAUAGCCCAGCUGACGGGACUCAGCAAGCGGGUUACUCAAGUGUGGUUCCAGAACUCGCGGGCGCGACAGAAGAAACAUACUCACGUUCCUCGGGAUCAUAAUGCAGCAAUAUUUAAUUCAUUGCGGCAGGAUCUUAACAACAAUAGCAACACGAGUCUUAGCGACAACGACAGCGGUAUGGGAAAGUCACCAUCGAUGUUCAAUUCUCAUGUGAAUUUGAUCAACUUGAUGGUGUAACACAUAGGGAUGCAAUCAUUACUGCAGCUACCGCCGGGUGGAAGCUGCCAAACCAAUGAUUGCUGAGCCGUUUGACAAAACAACAAUAAUUUGUUGCACCCAUGUUGUAAUAUUUAUAGCACAUGACUUCAGAUGUAUCAUCGAGAAGGUAAAAACCAAAGAUCGGAAUAAUGCUCGCUCUCAAUAGCGUAAAGCAGUG